AUGGAGACAGGCAGCGCCUGCCUGCAACCUCGCUCUCAUCGAACGCCGCCCGUGACGUCACGCGCCGCGUACGUCAUCCAUCGAUCCGCGCUCCGCUUCAAGGACGCGUUUGCUCGCCCGCUGCCCACCAACUUCCUUGAAACUUUACUUUGUCGCCACACGGAACGCAGAAAGUCGCCGCAACAACUUGUUAUUCACAUCCAAGCGAUAAAC